UAACCGAAUUGCGUGAAUUAAGGAGUGUCUAUUUCGAGCUCAGUGGUUAGAUUGUCUGCAAUCUGUGUUUGAUUUUUGCUAAUUCGCCGGAUUCGUUUAUUACUUUACCGAGAGUUACAUUUCUAAGACAUGGAUUCCCAUAUUUCUAAAGAAAAACUGAGAAGUAAGAUUGAAACAACUUAUGGAAGAAAGAAAUUAGAUCUCUCAGGGUGGAAUUUGCUUGAGUUGCCGGAAGCUGUGCUAGAAUUAACUGAGUUGGAGAAAUUUAAUCUGUCAAGGAAUAAACUUAAAAAAAUACCUGAAAAUGUUGGAAAACUAAAUAAUAUUAUGGUACUUCUUGUAAGUGGAAACCAGCUGUCCAUAUUCCCUGCAAGUUUGACACAGCUGAAGAAACUUGAAUGGCUAGACAUCUCGCGUAACAAAUUAACUACCAUCCCUGAUGCUAUUGGUGAGAUGGUGGGGCUGGAAGUACUGGGUCUGAGUUACAACCAGCUGACUGUGUUGAGUCCAGCAAUAAAACAGCUGAAGAAACUCAAAUGGCUGGACAUCUCACAUAACAAACUAACCACUAUUCCUGAUGCUAUUGGUGAGAUAGUGGGACUGUGGAGACUGGAUCUGAGUUGCAACCAGUUGACUGUGUUGAGUCCAGCUAUAACACAGCUGAAGAAACUCAUAGAGCUGAACAUCUCAUUUAACAAACUAACCACCAUCCCUGAUGCUAUUAGUGAGAUGGUGGAACUGGAGAGACUGAAUCUGCGUUGCAACCAGUUGACUGUGUCGAGUCCAGCUAUAAAACAGCUGAGGAAACUCAAAUGGCUGGACAUCUCACAUAACAAACUAUCCGCCAUCCCUGAUGCUAUUGGUGAGAUAGUAGGGCUGGAGGAACUGGAUCUGAGUUAUAACCAGCUGACUGUGUUAGGUCCAGCUAUAAAACAGCUGAAGAAACUCCAAUUGUUGUUUGUGAAUGGGAAUCCUUUUACAGUUGAAGGAAUAAGAGGUGUUAUGGAGCUAGAAAAUAGAAGAAUGAUUGACCAAGUAUAUUUGGAUCUCCAAGACCAAAUAGCAGAUGGACAUAAAGCACAGCUGGCUUAUGAAAGGGCUUUGAAAGAUGGAUAUGUCACAGUUUACCGUGGUAGAAUAUUACUCAUUGGUCAGGAUAGAGCUGGUAAAACCAGUUUAAAGAAGAGUCUCCUAGGCCUUCCAUUUGACUCUAAUGAACAGAGUACUGAAGGCAUUGAAGUGGAUCCUUCAAAGUGUGAAAUUGAUGUUGACCAAGCUGUAAGGAACUGGCAGUCCAUUGGUGAGAAUAAACCAGGACUGUUGGAAUGUUCUAAAGAUGUGGCAAAGAUUGUGGUAGAGAAAAUAUUUGUACAAGACAGUUUUGCCAGAAAAAUGACUAUGCAGCUAAAACAUUUUGGAGAAGAAGAUACAGAUAAAAGUUCAAAAGAAGAUUUUGAAAAAGAUUCAGCCCAUGUUUCAUCAGCAGAUUUUGGAGAGGGAUCUUUUGAUGGUUACAAAUGUGGCAGGAAAAAGGUUGGGGAUAAAGGAGAUUAUGCGUCAGUAGAUGCUAUGGACAACAUUAGCAUUGAACACUCAAUGGACUGCAUCUCAGAUGAGCCCAAGGUAAUUAUUGAUGUUGCUCAACCCCCUGAUACUGAAGAGCAUGUUCAUCAGUGGUUGAAGUAUCUCCAAGGCAAAGACAUAGAAAGUGGUUCAUUCAAAGAAGAAUCCUAUGUCAAAAUGGAUAUAUGGGACUUUGCAGGGCAGCACCUGUACUAUGCCAGCCAUCCUAUUUUCUUAUCACAACGAGCACUAUACAUACUGGUGCACAAUCUCAGCAAGCCUUUGGAUGCCACAGCUGAGCCUUGCAUGAGGCAAGGGAGUAAUGAUGUGAAGUUAGAAAACCCUAACAAUGAAACAAACAUGGAGAAUUUACUGUCAUGGCUGGCUACAGUACACGGUGUUGCCCUGGCAACUGAUGACCCGGAGGAUGAUGCACAACAUAAGCUACCCUACCUUCGCCCCCCAGUGUUUAUUGUUGGAACACAUGCUGACAAACCAGUAGAAGACAUAGAAGUAAUAAAGAAACAAAUACAGGAGAGAAUUUCUGGUAUGGAAUAUGAGAAGCAUGUGGUCAGACCUUUAUUCUGGAUUGACAACACUCAGGGACGAAACUUGAUUGACAACACUCAGGAACAAAACUUGAUAAAGAAAUUUAUCCAGAAGAUUCUAAAGCAAAGAGAGAAACAUAAAACAGCAGAGGAAGAAGGAAAAGCGGAUGGAAUAGAUAAAUUGCAGAACAGAAUCCUGGAAGUGUUGAGGCAGGAGCCCUAUAUGGGGGAGAAAAUACCUGUCAGAUGGUUUUUGUUUGAAAAGGUAAUUGCAGCUUUGCUGGGCAAACAGAUUUAUCACAGAAAUCUGCAACAACUUAAGCACUAUGCAAGGAGAGAUUGUUUCAUGGAAGAUGCAAAAGAGUUUGAGUCCAUGGUCAGUUUUUAUCAUGGUCUGGGGAUGAUAAUCAAGCACCGCAGUACAGUUGUACUGAAGGCUCAGUGGUUGAUUGAUCUGUUCAAACAGCUGAUAACCAUUCCACCUUUCAAUAAACAGAUUCCCCUAUAUGCUGAGUACUGGCGGGAACUUGAAGGAAGUGGCAUCCUUAGUAUGGAACUUGUUGAUCAUGUGUUCUCCAGCUUUAUUGAUCAAGGAAUCAUUAGAGAAGACAUCUUAGACAUGAUGGAGCAAUUUGGUUUGAUCGCUAAGUUCUCAGCUUCCCUAACUGAUGAGAAGUACUUUGUACCAGCUCAGUUGAAGUCACCGCCUGAAGAACUCUGUAAGAUGGAACCAUCAUCAACUGAUCCAUGUCCAUUAUAUCUCCUCUUUGUCCAUGGCUUUGUCCCUCAUGGUCUCUUCUUGCAGCUUGUCUCGCGAUCCAUUCGUUGGUGUUCAAAGACAUGGGCCACGCAUCAACCUAGCCUGUACCAAAAUGGAGCAUGGUUCAUCAUUGGGAAAGAUAUUCAUGAUUUUGUCCUCAUAUGCAAAACAGGAUUCGUGAAGGUAAUCUUGAGACAAAGAGAAGCACAAAGUCAUCAGGUUGUGGGACAGAACUCCAUCAAACUAGCACCUCUUGUUCGUGAAUUUCUUGAAGACACCCUGAAGAAUUUGUCACAAGAAAUGGCAUACCUGAGGGGACUGCGGUAUAGGCUGUGUGUUGCAUGUCCUUACUGUCAUGAAGGAGCAGAAGAAACACGUCGUGCAUGCUCAGACCACGUGAAAACCACUUGCACACACAAGGACUGCUUCCACCUCAUUGAUGCAAAUGAAGGUCAACCAGACAUCUGCAAGCGAAAACCUUGCAAUAAGGUGGAACCAGUGUGUGGAUUGCAGAACUGGUUCUUGAAAAGAAGAUUCCAGGGUUUGUUCUCUUCAAAUGAAGCUGCUAGAUCCCAUGAUGAAGCAAGUGAAAUCAAUUCAAUGAAGUCUGCCACAGCAUUGAAGGUGACUCUCCUUUGCAAUGAGUGGAGUUCCUCAAUGGGGGGCUUGUCCACCAUCAACAGACAGCUUGCCAUUCUGUUGGCCAAGCACCCUGAAGUGGACGUUACCCUCCUUGUCCCACAGUUCGCUUGUUCUGAAGAAGAGAGGAGAAUGGCUCGAAUUCACAAUGUAUCCCUCAGAGAGGCACAAAAACGUCCAGGUUAUGCCAACUCCCUUGACUGGCUGAGUGCCCCACCGAGAGAUCUGGACAUUGACAUAGUGCUGGGUCAUGGAGCAAAGCUUGGUAAACAAGCUCAAUUCUUUAGAGAAUCGCACCAGUGCAAGUGGAUACAGGUAGUGCACACUGCGCCCGAAGAACUUGCAAUGCACAAAAACUAUCCCAAGGCUAUUUCUAAAGGUGAAGAGAAGAAUUUAACUGAAGUGACUUUGUGUAAGUUGGCAGAUGCUGUGCUAGCAGUCGGACCAAAGCUAACAGACGCUUUCUCCGCUCAGCUCCGCUCAUGCAAGAGUGAAAACGACAUCCUUCAACUGACUCCUGGAACUUUCCGUGAGUUCUCUGACGUAAAACAAGCCCCAAAGGAGAGUAACAAGUUUAAGGUACUGACGUUUGGCCGUGGUGACCCAGAGGACUUUAGCCUUAAAGGUUACGAUAUCUCUGCCAGAGCAAUAGUUGAACUAAAAGACAGGUCUUACUGUCUCAUCUUCGUGGGUGCACCUGACGGUAAACAGGAUGAGGUUGCAGCGAAUUUGCUGAAGAGUGGAAUUGAUAAAAACCAGCUGACCGUGAGGAAGUUUGUGCACAGCAAAGAGAGAUUGAAAGAAUUAUUUUGUGAAGUUGAUCUCUGCAUCAUGCCCUCUAGAACAGAGGGUUUUGGUUUGACAGCGUUAGAAGCGUUGUCUGCUGGUCUUCCCAUUCUUGUCAGUGGAAACUCAGGAUUUGGUGAAGCACUGUGCACUGUACCAUCAGGCAAAUCAUUCGUGGUGGAGUCUGAGGACCCAGGGGAGUGGGCAAAGGCAAUUGCUGGUGUCCGACAGAAGGAGAGAUCAGAUCGACUUCAAGAUAUUCAGCAACUGAGGAGUUCAUAUGAAGAGAAGUUUAGCUGGGAGAAACAGUGUGACAUUCUUGUGGAGAAGAUGUGGGACAUAGUUCAUGCUUCUAAAAGACGAGACACAAGUUUUAGAGCUCGGCAAGGCACAUCAACUGAACAACUUACAGUUGAUUCAUUACUGACUCCAAGUUCUCUUGACCGAAUCAUCCAGGAACUUCAGCAGAUGCAACUCGAUGCAAGCAAAGUCAAGAGCAGAACAGAUCUAUCAUUGGGGCUGAGGAAUAUUGCAUCAGACAGGGGCUUCAGAAUAUCUGACAAUCAAGGAUUAGGAAAUUGCAUGUUCUAUGCCUUGUCCGAACAACUGGAAAUUGUUAAGGGAAUCAAAAUCCCACAUGGCGAAUUAAGACAAAACCUGGUUCAGUACCUCAGGGGUAACCCAAAACUUCCGGAUGGAACAGAUCUGUUUCACUUUGUCCAUGGACAUCAAACAUGGACAGAGUACCUUGAAGACAUGGAACAAGAUGGUACUUGGGGUGAUCACGUGAUUCUGUGUGCCGCAGCGAACCGCUUUGAAACGUGCAUUCGUGUUGUCAGCAGUCUAUUCCAUAGCAAUGAUGUAAUCAUUACGCCACAUUGUGCAGUUGACGAAAGCAAACCUCUUGUGCUGGGACAUAUUCAUGAGGUGCACUAUGUCAGCCUUCAACCCGUGCAAGGUUAAAGUGGCAGGCCCCUACAGUCACCUUGAUUGGCCCUUGUGAAGAGCCCGGCCUUACAGAAUGACUUCAUAGGCGUACAGACCAUUGAUGCAAAGCUUUCUUCAGCCUGAUUUAUCCAAUGUAAACUUUUAAAAUCUUAGAUUUAAUUCGAGAUCCUAUGAUAUUAGUUUUCCAAUGAAUCGCAUGAAAAGGAAAACCACCCAAAUGACAAGGGGUGUAAAGAAAGACAUCAUACUGUGAAAAGUUAUCGUAACUGAGGAUACGAGCGCUAUUUUAAUAAAGUUAUUAUUAUUACUUACAGUAAUAUGCCUUCCCCCCAAAUUUAGAAGGCGAUCGAUAAUUGAGAUAAACUGCAGAAGUCCGUUGGCUUGAAGUGCCUAUACUGAUUAAAAUGUAAAAAUUAGAAAAUCGAGAUUUCAAAGGUUCAAGACUCCAGUCUGAACUGAGUAAGUUGGAAACGUUCCAAGUAAUGGCUUUUUUUUCGGAUCUAAUUAAUGUCUUGUUUCGUAACGACUGAAUUUCUUUCCCUUACGUUCAACUUCAAAUAGCAUUUCAGAGCAUUUACAGCCAUAACUCAACAUAGCGUCAUAGAACACUCCAACAAAAUUUUGCACUCUACGGCUAAUUUCGAUACUGGCGCUGACGAAGCGACCUCCAUUAUUGAUUAACCCUUUAACAGCCAGAUCAAAUUUGUAAUUCUCCUUACUGUCAACGAUACAAUUCUUAUAAUGUUAGUUCAGAGAAUUU